GGGGACGCUGUGCUGGGCUCCGGUGCGGGUGACAGCUGCACUCCGGCUGCCUGGCCGGAGGCGCGGGAGGGUGGAGAGACGCCGCAGGCCCCGGACCCCGAGCCCCGCCACCGUCCGGCCAGUACACUCCGCCGUGCGUCUGGAAGGCUGUGGCCGCGCGCGGGGUGGCGGAGGCAGGAGGGUCUCCGGCACCCGGGAGCUGCAAGUCCUGCUGCUCCCAAAGUUGAAGACCCCUACCCCGCGCAGACCUCGACGGCACCCUCCUAGGCUUUCUCCAGUUUCCUCUCUUCACCCAGUCUCGCCCACCUCGUUUCUCCGAAUCCGACCUCGUCACCUGACAGAGAUAGUGAACUCCUAAGAAGAAAAUGGAUUGCCUAGUAGUUGUUUGCUAAUCGUUUGGACUCAGCAGUGUACAGAUUUGUUGCAGAGGCAGAAAAUGGCAACUCCUUAUGUCCCAGUUCCUAUGCCCAUAGGAAACUCUGCUUCUAGUUUUACAGCCAACAAAAGUCAAAGAAGUUCUUCUUUUGGCAGCAUCUCAACAAGCUCAAACUCCUCCAAAGGCCAGUUAGAAGAUUCAAAUAUGGGUAAUUGUAAACAGACAAGUGUUCCUGAUCAGCUGGAUAGAACUUCAUCUGUCAGUAGCAGUCCUCUCAUUAGGACUAAGUUUACAGGUACAGAAUCAUCUAUUGAGUAUUCUACUAGACCAAGAGAAACUGAAGAACAAAAUCCUGAAGCAGUGAAUUGGGAGGAUAGACCAUCUACACCUACUAUACUGGGUUAUGAGGUGAUGGAAGAAAGAGCCAAAUUUACUGUAUAUAAAAUACUAGUAAAGAAAACCCCAGAAGAAAGCUGGGUAGUUUUCAGAAGAUACACUGACUUCUCUAGGCUUAAUGACAAAUUAAAAGAGAUGUUUCCAGGCUUUCGAUUAGCACUUCCACCAAAACGCUGGUUUAGAAAUAAUUACAACGCUGAUUUUUUAGAAGAUAGACAAUUAGGAUUGCAAGCGUUUCUUCAAAAUUUAGUAGCUCACAAGGACAUUGCUAACUGCCUUGCAGUGAGAGAAUUUCUUUGUCUGGAUGAUCCACCGGGUCCAUUUGAUAGCCUAGAAGAAAGCAGGGCUUUCUGUGAAACUUUAGAAGAGACAAACUACCAUCUACAGAGAGAACUACUUGAAAAACAAAAAGAGGUAGAAUCCCUGAAGAAACUGCUUAGUGAGAAACAACUUCACAUAGACACUUUAGAGAACAGAAUCAGAACAUUGUCUGUAGAACCUGAAGAAUCAUUUUAUGUAUCUGAAACAGAAAAUGGACAGAUCCUAAGGGUAGAGUCCUCUGCACUCAAAAUUGACCAAGACGUCUUGGACGAAGAAUCUAGAGCUGAUAAUAAGCCACACCUAAGUUUUAGUGACCCUGAAAAUGCUAUAUCAGAAGUGGAGGUGGCAGAAGUGGCAUAUAAUGCUGAGGAAGACUAACACAACACAAGCAGUUCCCUCUCUUUUGACACGUCAGCAAAUUUAGAAUAGAGUGGCAAAUGCCAUUUAAAAAGAAAAAGACUGAAACAGUUACAGAAAGGAACAAGAAUUUAAAUGUAUAAUGUUUACAUAAUUUUUUUUAAGUUAUUGGAAUCAUAAAUAUAUUCACUGCUGCUUUUGUCUUUUAUUCAGCCUUGUAUUUAAUACACUGAAAAAAAUCUAGAAUUCUGUUAUCAAUGCGUACAUUCUUGAGUAUUGUGCAUAAAUUAUUAUGGUGUUUUGCCUGUAAUGUUGCUUCAGACUAGUGUGUGUGCCUGUGUGUGUGUGUUGGCGCCUGUUUUAAAUUGCCAGUUAUAUUAGUCCAAUGGAGUUAAUUGCAUGUUACUGUCUCUGUGAUACAUACUUCUUUGGUUGCUGACGUGACAUAAUUUCCUUAAUGGUUUAAAUCAGUGAAUAUCAUAGUAAAAGUAAUGAUGAAAUGAGUAUUAAAUGUUGACAUGUUUAUCACCUCUAAAUAAAAAUGACUUAUUUGAAAUGUUAAUAUAUAAAAGAAUAAGAUGCUUUUUAGUACCAAAGGAAAAUAUUUUAAAGAGCUGUCGCCAUACAGCUAAAGUGGCAAAAUAGCCUUGAUGCUAAAAUCCAAUCCAUAAUACCAAGAUACUGUAAGUAUCCUAGUUUCUUAAUGUUAUAGCUGAUUAUUUCCCACAUAAUCUUCAUUUUAAAUUUCUACCUGUAGAUUCGCUAAGUUUGCCUCUUUCAGAAGACUACCUCUUUUUGCUAAUCAAGGCAUAUUCUUUUGAAAAUUAGAGUCUAAAGAAUAAGGAGUUAAAGAAAACACAGUAAAAAGCCAUAUUUACUACAAAAUUCCUGACUAGCUUGACACUUGACAUUGCAUUUUUAUUUCUGUACAUAUGUAGAUGUUGUUAUAUGUAGUAUGGCUGAUUUUCUUUUUAAUAUAUUUAGCCAAGUGAUGCACUUUAUAAUUAAACUAUGUUGUGCCAAUUGGUGAAUUUCUUUAGUAAAGGUAGUGAACUGGAAGAAUUAUGUAGUGCCUUUACUAUUUCACUUUUUACAAACAUCUCUGAGGGUGUGAGUCAACUUCACAAAAAAUGUUUAUGUUUGUUUCAGCUCUGUGUAUAUUUAUCGAAAGUGCCUUGUUUCAUUUUUAUAGUAUGAAGUUAUUUGUUGAUUCUCUAUUUCUACUGUUUUGCAUAUUGCUGUUAAUAUGCAGCGCUAGCAUUUUUAAAUCCCAGCUGGUGUACUGAAUUAAAUAAGCUUUAUAAAACCUGAGAGAAUUUUCCUGGGGAAACAGAGUAACAGUCUUUGGGUUUUUUCCCUUUAUUAUCUAAAAGUUUACCAGUAUCUUAGUGCAUAGUAAGUUGUGGUUGUUUAAAAUUCUAUUAACAAGGGCUGAGGAUUUAGCUCUGGUUCCGGCGCCUGCUUUGCAAUUGCAAGGUCCCUAGUUCAAACCCCGCUACCAAAAGAAAUAAAAUUCUGUUGACAUAAAUCAACACAUCCAUUGGCUGUUGUUAACUUUUGUUCUUAAAAGGAGAUUAUUUACCAAAGUACCUAAAUUUUAACUCUUUGUCAGAAUACAUGGGUAUUCUGGCUAGAAACAUUUUCCACAAAGUAUAUUAGAAAUGUGUUUAUUAUCUUUAGAGGCAGAAAUAAAUAUAAUAAACUAAAGUGCUUAUUCAUUUUUAAAUUAUUAUUCUAGAUUCUUAAAAAUGCUUAUGAUGGGCCGGGGAUUUAGCUCAGUGGUUCCACCACCUGCCUCCAAAGUGAGAGGUCCUGAGUUCAAUCCCCGGUACCCCCCCAAAAAAAAUGUUUAUGAUGAACAACCACGUAAAUUAACACUACUUUUGGGCUGGGGAUUUAGCUCAGUGGUUCUGCCGCCUUCCUCGAGAGUGCAAGGUCCCAAGUUUGACCCCCGGUACCAAAAAAAAAAAAAAAAACAGACAACACUAUUUUCAGCCUAAUAAAACAAGAUGAUCUUUGCCAAGUUCCAUAUGCUAUAGUGCUACAUGAUUAUCUUAAAGGGAACCACAUAUUUUAAAAAUCCAGCUUUUCAGAAGACUGUAUUUAAAGUUUUGAAUCAGGGAAGAAAAUUAGGUAUUUAUAUUUAGAAUUUUUUACUUUUGCAUUUUACUCCCAGUAUUAUAUUCAUUUAAUCAUUUUUUUUCAUUUACAACAGUAGCUGUGUUUUCCAGUGUUGAAUAGCAUUUCCCUUCUACUUUCUAUGUUCUCCCUGUUCCUACAAUUAUUGUAAAUUGAAUUGUAUUUAAAGGCUAUAUUUCACAGAUGUGGAAUGAGUCUGUGAUUUUCUAAGUUUAUAUUUUAUUUCACUCAUCAUCUUUCAGAAGCAUUUGUGAAUAGGUGCAGUGCAUUUCAUAUGUAAACAAUAUUAAUAAAACAUUGAAUGUAACUGAAAA